ACGCUAUCCCGCGUUGGCUGAUAAAACAAGCAAACAGAUAACACCAGCUUCCACUUUCAACGUUGAGCAACACAAUUCUGCUCGCAGAACACCAACACCAACACCAAUCCCAACAGAAGAUCAGAUAAAUCAAAAAUGGUGUCUGAAUCGCCCAUGGAUCCUAGGGAAGAAGUCAUUCAAGCAUGGUACAUGGAUGACAGUGAUGAGGAUCAGAGACUGCCUCAUCACAAGGAACCUAAAGAAUUAGUUUCUCUUAAGCAGCUUGACGAACUUGGUGUUGUCAGUUGGAGGCUGGAUGCUGACAACUACGAAACUGAUGAGGAGUUAAAGAAAAUUCGUGAAGCUCGUGGAUAUUCCUACAUGGAUUUCUGUGAAGUAUGCCCUGAAAAGCUUCCAAAUUAUGAUGAGAAGAUCAAGCAUUUUUAUGAGGAACAUCUGCACACUGAUGAAGAAAUUCGAUACUGUGUAUCUGGAAGUGGGUAUUUUGAUGUGAGGGAUCGCAAUGAUAAAUGGAUUCGCAUAUGGGUGAAGAAAGGUGCAAUGAUUGUAUUGCCUGCAGGAAGUUAUCAUCGAUUCACUCUUGAUUCUGACAAUUAUAUUAAGGCAAUGCGUCUGUUUGUUGGUGAUCCAGUUUGGACACCCCAUAACCGCCCCAACGAUGACUUGCCUGCAAGGAAGGAGUAUCUUAUGAAUUUUGUGAACAAGGGAGAUACUCAACAAUCUGUUGAUGCUGCAGCGUGAGCAGUUUGCUUUUGAUGAAAAUAAAUGUCGAAUUCAUCAUGUUUUAAUGCUUAAUAUACUUAUCUAUUUGUUGCUGCAUUAUGAAAAAACUUGCUUUAGUUUCACAAUGCCCGUUUAAGUUGCGAUGUAAUAAACAUAGAUAUAUAUGCAUGCUUCUCUAUGAAUAUGAUCAGAGAUCUGUUUUCUGGA